AUGGCGACCAUCAAGAUUGGAGGCCUUUCCGAGCAGCAGGUUGCCGCGCUGGACGGCGUUGCGCUCGGCGACAUGAUCUUCAUCCAGAAGUUAGCGCCACCGCCUCAGUACGACAGCGAGAGCGAGGAUGAUGACGAAGACGCAGAGGGAGUCGAUGAGGAGGACGAGGAGGACGGAGAAGAAACUGGUGAAGAAGACGAGGAAGAGUAUAAUGAAGAGUAUAAUGAAGAGUAUGAUGAAGAGUAUGAUGAAGAUGAAGCUGAAGAUGACGACACGGACGAGAACGAGCAGCAGGAAGCCAAUAACAGCGAUGUCUACCCUUCUGAGGAGGACUGGGACGUUCCGCCUCGCAUGUUCGUGGUAUCUCGACUCACCCAGGAUGACUUGGGCAGCAUCACUAGGAUUCAGCUGUCGCUCUUGAACUAUUCGCCAAAGGUCACUCCGAACGACGCUCACUUAUACCACAUCUACGGCAAGAGCUGCGUCCACCAUCAUCCUUCUAAAUGUGGCUCAUCUGUUACCGCUUGCAACACUGUUGCAGAUCUAGUCGAUAUCGUCAAAGACUCUAACUUCCUACUGCACGUCAAGCCGGAUGGUGACAGCGUCCGCCGCCUUGACUCGGCCGUCUACACCACAAACGGAUCAGCUCACGGCCAAUGCAUCGCUGGUUGUAAGCGCGGCUGGCUUGCGAAUGUCAGCAUGCUCCAAGGCAUGAUCAAGGACUAUGAUCCCCUUACGACUAUUGCUGCAAUGGCUACCGGCGGCACCAUUCCCAGGUCCUUCCAGCAGACUGUCUGUCCGUGUUGCAUCGGAUCCGAUCUCGUCCAGGAGCAGCAGAGCUUGCAGGCUGCGACGAUGCAGGGUACGCCGCCAGUCAUCGACGACAUUCUUGCAUUCUACGGCAAACUCAAUGCACGUCGUCGGCAGCUGGGCUUCCGCUUCAGGCAGUUCGACGAGCGCCAGUGGGGCUAUCACUUCGACGAUCUCGAGUCCGGGAGUGACGGCGGCGGAAAUAACGGCAAUGGACAGUGGGAGCACUGGGACGAGGCAAAUGACCCGAAUGCCAACUUCCAGACGCGUCCGGCUUCCGAGAAGGCUAUUGCCGCUCUCCCACGCAUGGCUCUCAAGGAAGUCAAGGCCGAGAAGCCGGAUUACGACGACACGUGCAACAUCGGGACGGAGGAUCUUGAGGACGACUCUGUCAUGGUGAGGCUGGAGUGUGGACACAUUCAUUGCGAGAGCUGCAUCGUCCAGUGGCUCAAGCAGUUCAACAACUGCCCCUCCUGCCGUCACGCCGUCUCUGACGCUUAGGACGCGCCAGCUGACGAGGGUGACGGACAGACCGAGGUAGCCGAAGUCGAUGGUGAAGAUGCCGCUGAAGCGCCAGUCGAAGAUUCUGCGCCCGAGAUGGACGGCGACGACGUGGUGAUGUCUGAUGUGGAAUAA